AUGAUCAAUGACGCUUCGGAUUUGGAUAAGAACAGAGAAGCGGAGCUGGAAGAGUUAGCCAAGGAAUUUGCUGCAAACAAAGUGUCAGCUGCCGGGGUUUCUAACAUAGUUCAAUCUCGUUCAACUGUUCGACGGUGUUUGUGGUUCAUUGCUGUAAUGUCAUGUAUAACAUUCAUGGGGUAUAUGACUGUCAAAGUCAUUUUGGAGUACCUCAGCUAUCCAAAAGUACUAAUUAUCGAGGAUGAAAUCCUUCCCAAGUUGACUUUCCCUGCUGUUUCGAUUUGUUCUUUGAACCCAAUUUCAAGUCAUUAUAUAAAACAUACAUCUCUCAAGAAAAUUUUGGACUUGAAGAAAAUAAAAAGUAAUUUUACUGCGGAAAUACGCAACUCUUCUAUACGAGAGGAUUGCUUGAGAGACCUGCUCUGUGAAUGGUCAUGGUUCGAAGAGAAAUGCAAGUGCGUGGAUAACCCGUGCCUCACCGAAUUCUGCCUAUCUCAAAACGCCUCGCAGUGCAGUUGUCUAUGGUCCUUCUGUGAGGGCGAAGGUUUGAAGGUGAAUGGCUGCAGGAUUACUUACAAUGGUGACGAGAAAAUCUGCCUCUGCGAUGGGAUGUCUGGUGAAAAGGACGACGAUUACGAUAUCGAUGAGUUCAUGCGGGUGGAGGAAGAACUUUAUGACUUACUCGAUGCCAUUGAUCAUGAUGAAGUGAAGGAACUGAUACGUGUUAUAAAGCAAUCAGUAACACACGACCUGGUUGAUAUAGACGAAGCGUUACAGCCUUCUACGAAAGAACUCUAUCAAUACGGAGUUACUUUUGACAGUCUGGUUGCAUCUUGCACAUUUGAAGGAACACGCUGUCACAGAGAAAACUUUACAGUUCUUUAUGAUCCGGUUUAUGGAAAAUGUUACAUGUUUAAUUUUGUUGGAAAUGGAGAAAUUGGUUCAGAAAAACCUAUCGAAAUUCAAACCUAUGGCAGUAUGAGUGGUCUUCAACUGCUCCUUCGUGUGACAGAUGACAAUGCUCUGGAUUUACUCCGUCGCGAGAUCGGUGCCCGAAUCGUCAUCCACGAUCCCCAUAUCCUGCCCUUUGUGACUGAGUACGGUGUGAAUAUCAGACCCAAAGAUAUGACAGCCAUAGAACUCUCUUACUCCAAGGUAGAGAGACUGACAAAACCGUGGGGGAACUGCAUCGAUAACUACCAAAUGGCGAACGAUGAACCAUACACUGUAUUGGGCUGUGAAAAAAAUUGUGUAUAUCGCAUCAUGACAGAUAUAUGUAACUGUACAAUGAGACAUUUAUUACGUGGUGCAGUUCUCAACAAAUUAAAACCUGCUUUCGCUCUAUGCAACGUCAGUAAUCUUCUUGAAAAGUUAUGCUCUGAAAUGGUGAUGGAUAACAUUAACUCAUUUCGAGAUUUGUCUUAUUGCGAUUGCAGAUCACCUUGCAGCGAGACUGUCUACAGCUACACGGUGGCUUCUAGUAAACUGAAUGAGAACUACUACAAAACUGCCAAAGCCAUUCGUACCCUGAACCUGGAUUCUGAAGGAAAAGUCAAAUAUAUGAAUUACACUCACACGAAAUCCAUGCUUGGUGUGAAAGUGUACUUCAAUUCAUUUUUAGUUUCCAGCCAGAAAGAAGUACCUUCUUAUAGUUGGGAGACACUGAUGGCUAACAUUGGUGGAAACUUAGGAUUUUUCAUGGGCCUCACUUUGGUUACAUUUCUGGAGAUUGCUGAGUUUAUUUGGGAUUUUGUACGCACUGCCUAUCGUCGAAUAAGUAACAAUCGCAAAAAGGAUCAAGGAGGCCGAUUUUCUUGUGAUGAAACAGGGAAAAGAAGACGGUCUUUUUGA